AUGGCGAGCCCGGGGUCGCUGGAGACGGUCAUGCCUUCCUCCUGCCCCCGGCACGACGGCAGGGCCGCCACCGCUAACCCCUCCAAGACCCUGGCCUUCUCCAUCGAGCGGAUCAUGGCAAAGACGUCGGAGCCCAAGCCGGCCUUCGAGGAGCGGCACGGCGGGCCGGGGCCGGAGCCGGGCAAGAAGCCGCUCAGCCUGUGCUCGCCUCUGCCCUGCGUGAUCCCCAUCCCGCCGCUGGGCUACGAGCUGCCCUCCAAAACUCUCAACUAUUCGGAGCUGUGGAAGAGCAGCCUGCGGGGCGGUGCGGGGCUCUGCAAAGCCAACUGCGGCGUCUGCUGCAAGGCAGAGCUCGCCCUGGGCCAGCCCAGCGGCCGGCUCAUCAAGCCGCAGGUCAUCCACCAGGCAGGGRCCGUGCCGGCCGCCCCCCGCUCCCUCUACUACUUCAACUACCUGGACGCCGCGUACCACCCGGCCGAUCUCCUGCACGGACAGCUCUUCCCCGCCGGCCUGCUGGGCGCCCCGCCGCCGGGGGGGCUCUCGGCCCACCAGAAGCUUUUCCUGCUGGAGAACGCCAAGCUGGCGGGGCUGGCGGCCGAGAAGCUGCCGCCGCCGCCUCCCUUCGCCCACAAAGAGCGGCUGCCGGGACACCUGGACCAGGUGAUGAAGGAGGCGGCGGCGGCGGAGCGCGGCGGCCCCCCCAAGGGCCACGCCAAGAUGGGGGGCAGCGGCGGCGGGGCGGCGGAGGGCAAGCCCAAAAACUUCACCUGCGAGGUCUGCGGCAAGGUGUUCAACGCGCACUACAACCUCACCCGCCACAUGCCGGUGCACACGGGGGCCCGGCCUUUCGUCUGCAAGGUCUGCGGGAAGGGCUUCCGCCAGGCCAGCACCCUGUGCCGGCACAAAAUCAUCCACACCCAGGAGAAACCCCACAAGUGCAACCAGUGCGGAAAGGCGUUCAACAGGAGCUCCACGCUCAACACCCACAUCCGCAUCCACGCCGGCUACAAGCCCUUCGUUUGCGAGUUCUGCGGCAAGGGCUUCCACCAGAAAGGCAAUUACAAGAACCACAAGUUGACCCACAGCGGAGAGAAGCAGUACAAGUGCACCAUUUGCAACAAAGCCUUCCACCAGAUCUAUAACUUGACUUUCCACAUGCACACCCACAAUGACAAGAAGCCCUUUACGUGUGUCACUUGCGGGAAAGGAUUUUGCAGAAACUUUGAUUUAAAGAAGCACGUCCGAAAGUUGCACGACAGCGUCUCCAGCGCUCCUCCGCCGCGGGACCCUGGGCGCAGCGGGCAGAGCUAA